AUGGAGCUGGGCGGCCUUCAGAGAUUCGCGACGUCGUAUCGCCGCCAGGGAUCCUCCGGCCUGGUGUGGGACGACAAGCUCAUCGCCGAAUUCAGCCGCCAGGCCGACGCCGAAAGGGCUGAAAGGGCCGCCGCCGCCGCCGGCAGAGAUCCGUCGUCAAGCCCCGAUGCUAUCUCCGACACCACGAACUUUCGUGUCAAAACCGACGUGCCCUCGUCGGAGCCGGGCAAGAUGCGUCGCAGCCACUCCGCUUCCACCUUCUCCAGGGACGUCCGUGCUUGGUCAUUUGGAUUGGCAUCGAUCGACGGCGGCGGCGGCGCUAGGAGAAAGAAGAAACGAAGGCAGAAGACAGUGAGAUCUGAAGGAUUGGGGAUCGGAAGAGAAAGACAGAGAAACACGCUUUUCUUCCUUUUUUAUUCUAUCUUUUAUUUUUUAAUUUUCUUGUAA